UUGAUCGAUGAAAAAGGUGAGCAUGAAAGUAACUCAUUGAGAGAUAUAUUUAGUGAAUUAAAUAACUAUCGUAAAUGUGCUUAAGGUGCUGACGUAUCGAUUUUGAAAAACAACGAUGAAUUCCUGGGCUUGUAUUUUUCCACAGAAGAUAUGCGACAUUCUUAUACUGCUUGGCCUGAAAUUGUAUUAAUUGAUGGCACGUAUGGCCUACUCGACUGUAAUUUAACUGUUAUGGUCAUGAUCGUCGAAGACUCCAAUUGUUCGUCUGAAAUUGCGGCCGUCGGAUUAUUAGCAGUCGAGGACGAAGCUACUGUGGAAUGGUUCAUAUCCACUUUUAAGGAGAAUAAUGGUUCUGUGUGCACCAAAACCCGUUGCUUUAUGAGCGAUAAGGACCACACAGGACGUAAAGUCAUAAAAAAAAUCUUCUAUGACUCCGAGAAAGGUACAAGUCCACCGGUGUAUAUUUGUUUAUUCCACACCUUGCAAACCUUUCGACGAAACAUUACAAAUAUUUCAAAAGAAGAAAUGGUGAAAAUUUUAACAUUUGUACAGAGACUAGCGUAUAGUGAAUCGAAAGAAGAGUACGAUAAAGUAUAUAAAGAAUUUAGGAAGGAGGUUCCAAGCGAUGUACUUGAUUAUUACAAUGACAACUGGCAUGGCAUUAUAGAGGAAUGGGUGGUGUUUAGUAUGGUCGAAGGGAAUUUAAUGAAUCGGACUAACAACAGAGUGGAAUCAAUAAAUCAAAAAUUGAAACAAGUAAUUCAGAAACGAAGCAGCUUGUUGGAGUUUUUGCGAUCAUUUUUUGUAUAUUGUGAUUCACAUACUAAUGAAAUUGAUUCAAAAGCCGCUAAGAUGUUCAUGAAAUCUAAGGUUUAUAUCAAGAGAGGGAGUAUCCUUGAGAAAUAUUCAAAUUUUUUAACAGAUGGGGCUUUUGAGCAUAUAUCGGAUGAAAUAAAACGCCAUGAAUAUGUGAACAUCACACAUGUGUGCGAAGAUGGAUGUUUGAUAGAGAGGAGAGGCACAACUUUGCAAGUGACAAAAGACUUUUGCUCUUGUACAACUUCAGCGUCCUCCCUUCUCCCCUGCCGCCAUUUGUUUGCGGUGAGAAAAUCACUUGAUUUGUCACUCUAUGAAGAACGACUCUGUAAUAUGCGAUGGACUAAAGAAUAUUACAAGCGGACGCAACGUAUAUUCCGCGUAAAGACAGCUGGUGAGAUUGGAGAGCGUUUGCCUCUUAUAUGCGACAUGGGAUUUCCCAAUCUCCGAUUUUGAUGAAAAGAUCACCAUACUCCAAAUAAUUGAGAAGUCAUGGAGAAAAAACUUCAAAGUUAC